AUGGCGUCAUUGUCGAAGCAAAUGGCGGCUAUGAAGGUGGAUAGAAAGAAGGUGUCUGGUAAAAGCACCGUCUUUGAAAUGUCGUUGAAGCCAGGAAACAAAGUUUACCGUUACGAUGUGGAAAUCACUUUAAAAAGAAGGACUCUUGACAAGGUCCUGACAAAACAGAGUGAUCCGUAAGUUUUUUUUUCGUACGAUUUCGACUUUUAGGGUUCUAAGCUUGGCUUUUAUGGUUUUAACAAAAUAAUAUUUUUUUGAUUUAAAUAUUAUGUUUAUUAUAUAAAAUCAGAAUUUAUUAAAUAGGUAGUAUGAUGUUUAACAAAAUUGAACUUACUGAUUUAAACUAUUUUAGAGGAUUGAAAAUCUAUCAAAGAGGCAUCUGUUACGAAGUCAUUGAAUACCUUCACAGACAGAACAAGAUUUCAAAAUACGUGUAUGAUGGGAAGCGGAUGCUGUUUUUGUUGAGUUCUCUAAACAAGAACGUUGUAAGUGUUUCAAAUUGUUUUGUUGUGUUUUUAGACUAGAAACUACCUUAAUUCUUUGGAUUUUUGAUUUGUUUGUUAUCAAAUGUUGACUAAGUUAUAUGUUUAGACAGAAACGAUCAAUUCGACAUUGUUGAGUCCUGAUACAAGUGCAUACUGCCGAAAACAAGACCUAGUUGUGGAAAUCAUCCCAAACGCAAGGGUUCCAGUUUUCAACUUUACUGAUCUGACAACCUCUAUCUCGGAUUCAGUGCGGGAACAAGCUGAUCAUUCAGCUCGUCAGUUUUUGGAAGUUUUGACAAGUCAAUAUCUUGUUAAUACGUGAGUUUUUGGGCUUUAUUUUUUUGUAUUGAAAGCUAUGUUUGGUAAUUACAUAAUUCUUCGUUUUAGUGGAAAUUAUGAUAUCAUCUCAUCUGGAAGUUUGUUCAACACUGAAACCUAUGAGAUGGUUCCAGGAAUGCAGCUCAGAGUUGGUUUGAGUAAAGGGGUCCGGGUCACGGAGCACAAUGGAAAACUUCGUCCGUUGUUGGUUGCUGACAGUAAGUUUAUGAUGUAUUUUCUGUUAGGAUGCUUUAGAUAUUAGUGUAUCGUUAAGGGAUUAAAACAUCUUUACAAUGUAUUUUUUAUGUAAAAGUCAUUAUUUUUAUAAGUAUGAUUUUCUGAUUGUCAACUUGCCAUGUCUUAUUAUAAUUCUUUUCUUAAUUGAAUUGAUUUCAGUGAGAAGAACAGCUUUCAUUGCUACGAAGAACAUGUUGCAGCUUUAUAAGGAAUUUCGAAACAAUAACAACGAGUUCACCAAAUUCUUCCGGGGUGUACGAUGCUUUGGAACACAUCGUGCAGGAUUCAAUUUUACUGUUAUUGGUCUCACGCAUCAUGUAAUUUCAAAUCCUGAGUGUAAUUUGGAAAAAGGAUUGACCAUUCCACAAUACUACAAACAAACAUACAAUGUUGAUUUGACGCCAAACGUGGUCGGGUUGAUUGCAGAACUGCCGAAGAUCGAAGGCAAACAUGUGGUCAUUCCACUUGAUUUAGCUGUACCAUUAUCUGGCCAACUAGUGCCUGCAGAAAAAAUAAACGAACAAGCUAUCAGGAAGUUGGUUUCGGUAGGUUUUAUUACGUUAAAAGGGUUUAUUUUCGUAAAUUGUGUAAAUCGGUGUUUUUGUACACAUUUGUUAUUUUUGAAUUAGUUUUGACAUAAGCUGUAGUAGUAUUUGUUGAAACGUUUUUGUUUCUGACUUUUUUAUUUUUUUGAGUAUACAAAACUUGCGGUUUUAUGUCUCAAACUAAAGACUUGUUGUUUUAGGAGAACUCUGUCAACCCAGACAUCCGUUACCAAUUUGUCUUGAAGCAAGUCAACGAAAUUGCCAAUGGAAAUGGAGGCAAGUUCUUGAACGAUUUCGGCGUCACUGUGAAUACAUCAAGCAAUGACAUUGACAUUUUCCAACGACAAGGUUUAACGCUCAUGGCUGGCGCAAACAGAACCAUCAGACCUAUGCCAAAUGGUUCUUUCAUGAAUGAUGCUACUGGCAUGAAGUUGUACCAAACUGCAAACAAGUUGACGAAGUGGUGGGUCAUUGGUGACAUACGGGCUACGAAUGACCGGCAAGUAAAGUAAGUUUGUAAUGAGUUUUUGUUUUCUUAAGUUUUUUUUGAGGAUGACAAAGAUAAGACAACUUAAUUUUGUUUUUCAGAGAAUACAUGGGUUACUUGAUGAAAACUGCAGCAGCUGCUGGAUUGAACUUGCCACAACCAGCGUUGGUACAACUGAUCGAGUUUGACCAAUUGGAAGUUGUCUUCCAAAAAGCGGCCGCUCAGGGUGUCUUGUAUAUCUUCUACAUUGAUGAAAGCCGUACUAAGUCUCACUCCAAACUGAAGCUGUUUGAAGCCUACUACAAGGUUCUGACUCAGCAAGUCAUCACCAAGAACCUGGAAAACAAACCACAGACGUUGAAGAAUGUGGUCAUGAAGAUCAAUGCCAAAACGUUUGGUGUCAACUACAUGCCAGUGUUCCCAGCUACCCUGAAGGCUUAUGAUCUCAAUUUGAACAAGGAUCUCAUGGUUAUUGGUUACGAUGUUGCCCAUCCAGCACCAGCCUCGCCUCAGGAGAAAAAGAACGCGGCCAAAGAGAAAUCAUUGAAUCCAUUUGAUGCUGAAUGUGAACGAGGACCUUUGAAGUCGUUGACUCCGUCUGUUGUUGGGCUUUGUGCCAAUGCUGGGCCAAACCCGUUGAUCUUUGGUGGUGAUUUCUUCUACCAAGUAAGUUUAUAUUUUAUUCUUAGUUGGUAUUGACCAAUAUCGAAAAAAGGUUUAAAGUCAUCUUUAUAUUAAUAUUUAUAAUUACCAUAUAUUUAUAGGAGUCUAGAAGAGAGAACGUUGAGAACGACAAGCUGCGCAAGCACGUUUCCUUCUUUGCUGAGCGAGCAAAGAAGGUUGGUCGCCAAAUCAAACGGGUUUUGAUAGUAAGAGAUGGUAUCUCGGAAGGGCAAUUGGAAUACGCCGUCAAGAAUGAACUGCCAGCCAUCAAGAAGGCUUUCAGUGACGCCUUUGGCCCUCAAUCCAACAUCAAGUUCACCUUUGUUGUGGCCACCAAGAUGCACAACAAGAGAUUCUAUGAGUUUGUCAAUGGGCAGAUCCAGAACACCAAAGUUGGUGAUGUCAUUGAUUCGAAGGUGGUCAGAACCGACAUUACCGAGUUCUACCUGCAAUCUCAUCAUCCUCUGAAGGUGGGUUUUUGAAUAUUUUGAGUUUUUAUGGCGUAAUAAUUUUGUUUAUAUCUUUUCCCUUACUUUACGUGAAGGUUAUGACAUUUGAUUAAUUUAUGUGCUUUAUGAUAACAAUUUUUAUUUCCAGGGAGUACCAAAGAUGACCCAAUACUGCAACAUCGCCAAUGAAUUGCAGUUGACUAACGACCAACUCCAAGGUUUGAUGCAGAUCUUGUCUUCGAUGCAUCAAGUCUGUGCUUGCCCAACCUCAUUGCCAUUGCCUGUUUACAUGGCUCACGAACUCGCCAAGAGAGGAAACGACAUCUACAAAGCCUACAACCUCCUGCCAGAAGAUCAUGAAAUCAAGAGGAAGGUCGCCGCUGGCUUAGGGCCAUUGAAGGACUUCACAGCCGUUACCAACCACUUAGGGUACGCCGGGCAUCCACUCUCCAGCACGCGAUUUAACGCUUAG